UCCGCCUAGCAGGAAGUAGAUUUGCGUGAGUUUGUUAAUGCGCAGGCACGUUUCAUAAUAAACUUGACUGGGCUUGCUUUUUGUAUAUAUAUUUAUAUUAUACUAUACACAUCACAAUGUCCGUUAAAAACCCGGGAAUAGAUCUGGAUCUAGAGUGGGUGUCGAAGGCCAGAGUUAACACCCAGGCUGUGCUGAAAAGGGCCCAGCAGGUUCAGGGACGCAAGGUGGCCAAAAAGCAGUGGCAGGCAGCUUGGCUCCUGAAGGCUGUAACGUGCAUCGACCUGACGACCCUCUCUGGCGACGACACACCGUCAAAUGUCCACCGACUGUGCAUGAAAGCCAGUCAGCCUGUCCGCCGAGACCUGCUGAAGAACAUGGACAUGCACGACAAAGGCAUCACCACUGCUGCAGUGUGCGUCUACCCGUCUCGUGUGGCUGACGCGGUGAAGUCUUUGAAAGCAGCCAACUCUAGUCUACCUGUGGCCUCUGUGGCUACUGGAUUCCCUGCUGGUCAGACUCCACUGAAGACUCGUCUGGACGAGGUCCGCAUGGCUGUGCAGGAUGGAGCCACCGAAAUCGACAUCGUCAUUAACCGCACGCUGGCUCUCACUGGACAGUGGGCAGCGUUGUACGAUGAAGUUCGGCAGUUUCGAGAGGUUUGUGGGGAGGCCCACAUGAAAACCAUCCUGGCAGUAGGAGAGCUGGGCACCUUCACCAAUGUCUACAAAGCCAGUCUGGUGUCAAUGAUGGCGGGAUCUGACUUCAUCAAAACUUCAACGGGCAAGGAGUCUGUCAAUGCCACCUAUCCUGUUGCCAUAGUAAUGGUGCGGGCCAUCCGUGACUACUACUUGAGGACAGGCCACAAGGUCGGUUUUAAGCCUGCAGGUGGGAUCCGAACAGCGCAGGAGGCCCUGGUGUGGCUGGUCCUGAUGAAGGAGGAGCUGGGUGACGAUUGGCUGACUCCUACUCUCUUCCGCCUGGGAGCCAGCAGCCUGCUCGCAGACAUCGAGCGGCAGAUCUACCACUACGUAACUGGAUGCUAUGCAGCCUAUUAUGAGUUGCCUAUGGCCUGACUGCCAAUGACCAUUGAGAUCCAGGAUCUGUUCAAAUCCACCAAUUGGUCAACAGAGAAAAACCUCACAGCCUUCAGGGAACGUAAUGUUACCAGAUGCUGAAUUUGUGACCAACCUCCUUCAGGGUGUACGACUGGCUACGUGUAUAAACUGCCAACAUGCAGCUAAUUCAUAAGUAUCUACCUGCGAAUGAACUUAUAGUUCAUCCAUUUCAUGCAGAUGAAAAUCAGUAUAAAUGAAAGUUGUAAUUUAAAGUUUGCCCAAAUACAGUAAAAUGUCUGCCUCUUGCUUUAUUAAGAAGAAUCACCAAAAUGUAUUUAAUAAAGGUUAAGGGGAAAACAUAGAUUGUA